GUUUGAGUACGUGCGGGAGGUGUGGUCGCGGUGCUGGUCGGACGCGCACUUCCGGGAGACGUGGCGCAGCAGCGAGCGGCAGUGGAGGCUGGUCCUGCGCGACACCUCCCGCGACACCACCCGCGUCACCUACCACCUCACCCAGGCCUACUGCGCAGCGGGGCACAUUGACACCGCCGCCUCCACCGCCGCAGCAGCAGCCAGGAGCGCGCCAGGCGACACGGAUGCGUUGGCGCUUGCCGUGAUUGUACGGCAGUUCCGGCAGCAGUGCGGGGAUUUCGUACGGCGGUUUGAGGUGGCGGCACGGCUGCCGGACGGGUCGGGACCCGCCAUGCUGGG